CAGACACAGGGAGAACAUGCAAAAUCCACUCAGAAAGGGUAGAACGUUCAUGUCUUCUCGCUGGGAGGCAUCAGGCUUAACCAUCGAGCCGCUGUGCUGCCCGUAAUAAGGCCUUGUAAUGGAAAUUACACAGUCCGUGGACAAAUAUCUGUUGACGCAGAGACUCCAGCCAAUCGCACGUCGUGUCUCCAAGGCGCAGGACCAGGUUUGACCAAUAGGAAGGACACGGGGCGGGAAUUUGUCCCGUCCACUCGCACCUCUUGACAGAAAAUCACUGUUGGUGAGCGACAGAGGGACAGGCUUGAGACGUGGGUUGUGGGGGACACUGAGCGGAGACGCGAGACGAGACGCAGGUACAUUGGUUGGAGGAGGAGGAGGAGGAGGAGGAGGACGCACGCAGCCUGCUGCAGGGAGGAGACAUUGCGGGACAACCUGGGGACUGGUCCCAUGGACGUAUCGGGGCUCCGUACCUGCUCAAGACACAGCACCGCUCUCUAAGCAUGUCGACGGGGGAAGGAGCCGGGGAUGGGGAGUACGGAAGGGCGGCGAAGCGGCAGAAAACCGAGGAGACGGAGCCGGAGGAGAGAGAGGAGAGGGAGGAGAGGGAGGAGGGAGAAGAGGAGCUGGAGGAGGGGGAGGAUUCGGACUCUGGGUCGCUGCCCGGUAACGGAGAGUCGGCGACAGAUAACCGGGCCCGGUGGAGCGGCAGCCAGUUCGGAGCAGGACGCAGGGAUAAUGGCGAAGACUCCCAUCGUAUCUCUCCCAGUCCUGUGGUCCACGUCAGGGGUCUGUGUGAAGCUGUGGUGGAAGCUGACCUGAUAGAUGCCCUGGAGAAGUUUGGAGCAAUAUGUUACGUGAUGAUGAUGCCAUUCAAGCGCCAGGCCCUGGUGGAGUUCUCUGAGGUGGAGAGCGCCGACCGCUGCGUGUCCUGUGGCGCCAAGGAGCCAGUUUACAUUGCAGGCCAACAGGCUUACUUUAAUUACUCCACCUCCAAAAGAAUCACCAGGCCAACCAACGCUAACAACCCCAACAGUGGCAACAAGGUCCUCCUGCUGUCCAUACAGAACCCCCUCUACCCUAUAACCACGGAUGUUCUCUACACCGUCUGUAACCCCAUUGGCAGCGUGCUGAGGAUCGUCAUCUUCAAACGAAAUGGAAUCCAGGCUAUGGUGGAGUUCGAGUCGGUCCAGUGUGCUCAGAAAGCCAAAGCAGCUCUGAAUGGAGCCGACAUCUACGCUGGAUGUUGUACUCUCAAGAUUGAAUAUGCAAGGCCGACACGUCUGAACGUGAUUAAGAAUGACAACGAGAGCUGGGACUACACUAAACCGUACCUGGUCAGACGAGAUCGUGGAAAAGGAAGACAGAGACAAGCCAUUUUAGGAGAACACCCAUCAUCCUACAGUGAUAACGGCUAUGGACCACCUUGCCCCCUGCUCCCUCUACCCAGCAACAGCAGGUACAAGCUCACCUCUCUGGACGUCCCAGACAUGGUGUCCUACCCUCUGCCCCAGUUAUCCUCCUCAUACUCUGGCCACGCCCCUAGCUCCGUCGCCAUGGUAAGUGGCCUCCAUCCAUCCAAGAUGAACUGCACACGCAUCUUCAACCUCUUCUGCCUCUACGGCAACAUUGAGAAGGUGAAGUUUAUGAAGAGUGUUCCCGGUACAGCGUUGGUUGAGAUGGGAGAUGAGUACGCUGUGGACCGAGCCAUCACACACCUCAACAGCAUCAAGGUGUUUGGCAAAAGACUCAAUGUCUGUGUGUCCAAGCAGCACGCGGUGAUCCCCAGUCAGGUGUUUGAGUUGGAGGACGGCAGCAGCAGCUACAAGGACUUCGCCAUGACGAGGAACAACCGCUUCAGCAGCGCAGGACAGGCCUCCAAAAACAUCAUCCAGCCUCCGUCUGCAGUGCUGCAUUACUACAACGUUCCCCCAUGCAUGUCACAGGACCAUUUACUGAGGCUGUGUACAGAGCACGAUGUCCCUGGCUUUGUCAAAUUCAAGAUGUUUGAUGCCAAACCCUCUUCAAAGACCAUAUCUGGCUUGUUGGAGUUUGAUAGUAAGACAGAGGCUGUGGAGGUGCUUACCGUUCUCAACCACUACCAGAUUCGGAUACCCAAUGGAUCCAAUCCAUACACCCUGAAAUUGUGCUUUUCCACCUCAUCUCAUCUAUGAAAAGCUACAGAAAGAUGAGGAGAGCUGCUGAACCUCAAUUACGCCCGGAGCAGUACGGGAAAGAGAAAGAAAUGGCCUUCAAAGGAGAUGAAGACAAAUGGAAAUAAAAGUGUAAGACGAAACAUAUCCACCGUCUCCAGACUGAACAUAAAACACACACUCAUCACCUCACCGUCCGAUCGCAACUCAGUGAGAUGACAAGACACGUGACCUGGAGGCUUGGAAAAAGACGCUGCUCAUGUUUGGUAAUCCCAUCUUUGGUCCACUCUGCGGAGUUAACCUGAAUCUGCUUCAUAGGCGGUCAGACAUUAUCAGCUCUCAAAGAAACUGAUAUAACAUUUUACCGUCUAAAAAAAGAUCAAUCGAUGAAAUUGCUUUGGACUGGCUGCUUGAACUAGGAGGCUGAGGACAGAUGCCGUGUGGUCACGUCUCAACUGCCGUGGAUAAGCUUUUAAUGGUUAUGACAGGACCUCCUGAUGAAACAUUUCCAUCAAAUUCUCCUUGAAGAUUCACAUUCUCCAGAGGAUCGUGUUACGUCUUUAGUCCCAUUAUCAGCUUGUUACCGUUUUGCGUAUUCUCAGCUAUAAACAAGAUAAAAAACUAAACCUGUUGGUCAGAUUGUUAAAUCCUCUCUGGACGCCCCAUGAUUUUCUUUGAAGCUCAACCGUCAGAACAAAAUAUCAACAGAUGGAUGCUUUCGAUCUUAAUAUACUUUUAGGACACGUGACUAUGUGGAUUGGACUGCUGUUAUUUGUUAUUUUCUUUCAUUUAGUCUUUAAAAUAAUGGGCUUCUUUAAUUUAUUUCAAAUUCUUUAACGUAACAUUUUAAAUGUAUAUGAAUAUUGUCAUAGGCUGAAAACUCACAACAGUUCUCUCUGACGCUCGACAUUGUGGAUUUACAACAUUGUCUUAUUGACUCGUUUGUGUUGCAGUGGAUUCUCACAUGGUGUCGGUAUAAUAUUACACAGACAGUUUGCUUUUAAUCCCCCCCACGGGUCUGUUUAUUGCUUAUAUCGUUGUGUUUUCUAUUGUAUAAAUGAACAACUCUGCAGAAUAAUAAUCUCAAAUAAUCAAUACAACCUCCAUCAAGACACCAACUCCUUUAUAGCACUUCCAGUUCUCCCCCAGUGGAUACGCAGUAUAAUACAACACAUGCAAAAUGGAAGUGCAAACACCAUAAAAAGCGUACAUUUUGUUUAAAAAAAACAAAAAACAACUGUUUAUAAGUGCCAUCUUGUAUUUUGCACUAAGAAGACCUUUUUCAAAGGGGACGAAGCAUUGACUGUAAUUUCAAAGGUAAUAAUUAGGACAUAAUCUGGUUAAAACGUUUGAUAACUUUGCCCCAAAACCCAGUUUAAAAGGCUUUUUUCGUCCUCCCCAGAUUGAACCUCCAGCACACAUGUGCAGUCAGGUUCGUCAUGUCCUCAUUUCACCGUGUGAAUGGAAUUAAUCGCUCGCUCCUUCCAGCAUUCAACAGGUGUGCUAUUGUCACAGAGCUGCUGGUCCUUUCUUUCUUUAUUAAUUCUUUAGAUGGUGGACCUUUUUAGAAACGAGAAAUGAAAGCAGUAGUCUCCACAUUAAGUCAGGAAGCACACCCUGGACACAGUGCUGAUAUUAAUAGGUCACAAAAAUACACUACCGGUCAAGAGUUUCCAAUAUUUCUUUCUUUUUUGUUAUUGAAAUAUAUGCAGUUUAAUGUCCCAUUUCCUCUGAAAUGAAAGCAUAGACCAACUCAAGUUAAGACAAAAACUAUGGAAUCAAUAUAUAACCCAAAAUAUAUUCUAGAUUUUGGAUUCAUCAAAGUUAAGUAAACGUCUUUGGAUGAUUUUACAUGUGAACACACUUGUGACGUUCUUUUUUUUCUAAAAGGGAAGUCAAAUAUUUUUCCCAGAAAUGUGUGUCAAUUGUAGGGAGCUUUGCUUUCAGUCUUCAGUCCAGUUCAUCACAAACCAGCUCCUUGGGGUUAAAGUCCAGAAACCACUCCAUGUUUUCAAGCUUUACAUCUUGUUUAUACCCUGAGGUAGUUCUGGUAGAGCUUGGACUAAAGUUUUGGAUCAUUAUCUUGCUGUAGGAGGAAGCUCUGAACUAUACCAGAGGAUGCUGUUCUAAAACUUUUGACCAGUAGUGUAUGUGACAAAAAUACAGCAGACAUAGCUUGUUACAACUAGUCCUUAAAGUCCAGUCCUACUUUAACCCUUUUUGGGCUCUCAUUGAAAAACUUGGGAAUUGAACAUUUCAAAUCUAGACUGUUAUUUUAUGACAUAAGGAGACUUUUUUGCUUUUGUGGAAUUUACAAAAAAUAUAUGUGUGGGUUCUUUCGGGGUACUCAGCUUCCUCCCACCGCUCAAAAACAUGCUCGUUAAGCUAAUUGGUGAUACUAAAUUGGCCAUAGUUGUGAUGUGUCUGUGUCCCAUCAUGCAUUGCGUCUCUAGCGGCGCCGGCGUUAAUGGCCGUUAGUAGUCGUUAUAGCCGCUGUUAGUAAGAAACAUUUUUUAAAUUUCGCCGCGAAAAUAUGAAACUUUUUUUUAAACAUAAUUUUAUUUAUUUUUUAUUUCAUGAACAUCACACAUAUUUGUUUACAAAAUCAUCGUGUUUUAGUAAUGUGUAAAUUAUAAUGGGAUUACCAGGGGAGCCGCGGCAGGUUGACAAUGAUGCGACAGCAGUGACGUCAUUAACUGCGCGUCAAACGAUGAUACCCGUAGUGUCAAUAUUGAAACCCUAUAUAGAAAGUAGGGAUUAGGGAGUGAGUGAACGAUGAGAUAGACUGGAGACCUGUUCAGUGUGUACCCCACUUUUCAUCCAAUGACAGCUGGGAUAAACAGCAGAAAAUGAAUGAAUGUCCUUGAGUUGUAAACAAAUGUAAACAUGUAUGUAGGACACAAUUUAAAUGCGUGGAAGUUACCAAAUGUGGUUCCUUGCCCUAUAAAGGGUUGAACAGGAUGCUGGGGCUGCAGUAACAGACCAGCUGGUGAGUGGAUUUAUGACUAAAGCCAGAUUCAAUCUUCUAAUAGUUUUUCCAGAAAAUUUAAUGUUGCAUUUGAUGGAGUAUUUAAUAGUUAGCCUGCCUGUCAGGAACAGGAGUCAUGCUUUCAACUCAUCAGCUCACCGUUGGGGUUUGAGGUCCAUUUCAGCUCAGCGUUGUAAAUGAGUAACACAAGGCUUUAGCUAAAUCCAGAUUAAUGGAUUAAAAUGGGCGAACCCAGCUGAAAUACUGAAACAUCCCUAUUAGAUGUUCUCUGCUUGUUAGGAAACAAGAGUGCAUUGUAAAAAAUAAAUAAAUUAAAAAAAAAGUAUAUCUAAAGUACUGUAUAUCAAAGUAGAAGCAGGAAAUACAGCAUCUGUACCAUUUGUCACCUUGGUUAAAUCGCUUAAAUAAGCUAAUCUUACUUCCAAGAUCAGAAUAUGUCAGUUUCAUUCCUCUUAUCUUAAAAUAUGAUGUUUCUAUUGCGCUACUUUUGAUGAAUAGGUUUAUCAGUUUUGCAGUUAAUGCCAACUCCCUGUGCUGCUGUGUUUUUAUUUUAUUUUUUUUUAUUUAUUUUUUUAAGUUUCCAAAUAUGAGGGUUAAAUAAAGGUCUUAACUGAUAUUAUCUCAAAGCAGAAAAUAAUUCUGUUCAUUGUGGAAUAUAGAAACAUAUAGCAAUUUGCACUGUGCAAAUUUUCUUUUUUAUCAAUUUAUUUUUAUUUUUUUGCUAAUUCACAUAAAUUUAAAAAUGUGAAUUAGCAAAAGCUUUUUGAAUUUUACAUAAAAUACAUGUGACUAAACAAAUGAUGUCUGGACACACAGAGCUUCUUAGAGACCCGUAUUGUGGUGAAAAGCAGUAAAAUAUAGCAUUUUGUUUUGUUCUGUCCUGUUUCUGAUGUAGAACUUGCAGAUUUUCCUGCUCAAAGUCUUUAUUUUAGUACACUGGGGCUCAAUCACACAGUUAAAGCAUGCUACAUAAUUACAUAAUUUGUAAAUAAAUUGUGAAAGGUUACUAUAAAUCCCACGCCGUGUAAGUAAUCGCUGAUUUAGUUGUUGUGUUUUAAAUGGACACUGACAGGUUUGUACAUAUCAUACAGCACUUGAAACUUACUGUAUUUCUAAUGGAAGUUUUAUUUAUGUUAUUUAAGGAGGUUUAACAGAUGAUGGCUGUUGUUGUUGUUGUCUCUUUGAGAACCGGUGCAGAACUCGUUUUGUACAUUUGUUUGACGCCCGAGGCCUUGGGCUGCAAGUUUGAUGAAACCGAACCUGGCUGCAUUUUAUUUUCUGUGUUGGAAAAACAUGAAUAAAAUGUUAUAAAUACAAA